AUGCGUCUUCUCUCCUAUGACAGCUGCGACGAGCUCCAGGUUUCUCGGGACAGAGCGGACGAUGAUGCUCCUCCAUAUGCCAUACUCUCCCACACCUGGGGUGCAGACGACGAAGAGAUCACGUUCGCUGACCUGACGUCCGAUUCUUAUCAAUCAAAGGUCGGCUAUCGAAAGAUCGAGUUUUGUGGGAUGUAGGCCGCAAGAGAUGGAUUACAACACUUCUGGGUCGACACGUGCUGCAUCGACAAGACCAACAACACUGAACUUUCCAAAGCGAUUACUUGCAUGUAUCGUUGGUAUCGGAAUGCUCGAGUUUGCUACGUCUACCUGGCCGAUGUUGCGUCCGCCGAUUGCCAAAGAGAUCCAGAAGGAGAUCCGGCUGAUAUCGGUUUGGACAAGCUAGACUCAGGCUUCCGCAGAAGUCGCUGGUUCACUCGUGGCUGGACACUGCAAGAAUUGCUCGCUCCGAAAGAGGUGGUGUUCUACUCGAAAGAGGGCGACCGGCUGGGCACCAAGAAAGAUCUGACAGACCUACUGCACGAGAUCACAGGCAUCCCAAAUAGGGCUUUGACUGGCGAACCACUAUCGAACUUUUCCGUCGAUGAGCGCAUGCAUUGGGCACAAGCUCGAUCUACCAAGGAACCAGAGGACCGAGCAUACUGUCUCCUGGGAAUCUUCAACGUCUGCAUGUCGCUCAGAUAUGGAGAAGGCGACGAUGCCUUCAAAAGGCUACGAAGAAAGAUCGACGGCCCCAAACUCGCCCAGCUAGACAUGAGGUAGGAUUCGCGCGGUGCAUUCGGGAAUGCGAUAUUUUGCUUCCAGGCUAAACAAGGCCAGCCCGAUCCAUCGCGGCAUAGACGAAAUCAACCAGACUCUAGCACAAAGUAUGUCUAAACCUCACGCCAUUGUAGCAUUCUUGCUGACAGGCCAAACGCCGAACAGAUUUUGCUUGACAGCUCGGAUAGAUCUGUCCUCCUACAAGAGCAAUUCUCUCAAUUGCGACAGGCCAUUCGUUGUGAAAUUCGUCAGACCACACGACAAAGCGACUUCGCAAUAUCAUCCCAAAGGCCUCGUAUUGGGGCACACUGGACUCGAUCAACGACACGAUUCAAUUUCUCUUUUGGAAAACUGAUUGUGCGCAGAAACACAACAAGAUCGCAUGCGAACCGUUCGCGUGUGACCGCUACGUUCAUCCCGUCAGCACUCUUUUGGCAAACAAGAAUCUCAUUACAUGCUGAGUGGACUGCACGUCUAGACUCUCUUGUGGUUCCAAGCUUCAGCUUACAGCUGUUGGACAUUGUGCAAGACAAUCAUCCACUCGUCUCGGCUUCUAUCGAAGGGGAUUUGGCCGCGCUACAGGAUAGUCUAGCAAGCCGCGACGCUUCGCUGCUCUGUAGCACUGCAACUGGAUGGACGCCUCUCCAUUUCGCGGCUGCAUACGGGCACAUCGACACUUGUCGGUUUCUUAUUGCUCAGGGCGCAUCACUUCACGCCACAGGGGUUCGUGGCAUAUCCGCGCUGCAUCUGGCUGCCCAUUUUGGUCACGUCAGAGUCUUCAAGCUCCUGGUCCAAGCUGGAAUCGACCCCGACGAGAGCCACGAGCACGGCUUGAAUGCUAUCUUCGAGAUCUUGUCCAUCGGAGCCAGGUGUGCUCCAAAAAACCUGGCAGGGUUCUUGAAGUGGCUCUUGCAUGGACAAGAGCAAUUCCCUUUCGAUGUGGAUGCCAAGGACAACUCCCAUCGAGGUGUUCUGUAUCAUCUUGCCAACCCUCCGGACAUGGCAGAGUCUUCUAGAUCUCUUACCGUCGAACAAGUCAGUGCCAUCGACUAUGUUCUGAAAAGUGGCGCUAGAUCCGACGAGCUCGACGUCUACGGCGAUUCUCUUCUGCAUGAGGCUUGCCGUGACGAGCGCAUGGACCUAGUGGACGCGCUUCUGCGCGGAAGCUGCGACAUCAAUUGCCAAGACGAGAGAGGAUACACGGCAUUGCAUUAUGCAGUCGAAAGCGGCAACCUUCCGCUUGCAUCUAUGCUGACUAGGAAGGGAGCCCUGGUGGACGUCGGAAUUGGGGAGGGCCAAGAUGGGAUUGACGACGUGUCCUGCUGGCAGGGAUUGGAAGCGACGCCACUUUCUCUGGCGACAGAAAGGGAUGAUCUAGACAUGAUCCGGCUUCUCACGCAGAACGGAGCUCACCGCAAGGACAAUCACGUCACGAGCGCGUUGUAUCGUGCACUGUCGUACAGUCGACGUGACAUGGUAGACUACCUCCUUACGCAUGCAAAGGAUCGAUUGGAUCUACGUUUCGCUAUUAUUCACGCGGCUAAGGUGUACCCAGAGAUGAUUGAAACGUUUUUCAACGCCGGCGCUCCACUGGACGAGAGCGGCGAGGACGGCUGGACCGCUCUUCAAAAGGCAGCAAGAUGGGGCGAAUUGAAGGCUGUAGAGACCUUGGUGAAGUUAGGAGCCGAGCUCAACGAGGACAGCGGGGGCCAUGGCACGGCGCUUUGGUUAGCAGUCGAGGAGGGCCACGCCGGUGUUGUCUCCGUACUUCUGAGAGCGGGUGCGCACAUAGAUCUAUCGAUCGAUGACAUGCUGUCGCACGAUAACAUGCCGUUUUUCAUGCUUGCUUCACCCAGAGGCUCUCGGGAGAUCUCUGACCUUGUGUUAUCCUAUAUUCCUGACGCACUGGACGAGAGGGACGAGGAUCAGCCGCUACAUGACGAGCAAUACAAUUCUGACGACCUAGCCUGCAGUGCAUCGGACCAGCCGCUACUUGACGAGCAAGGUGCGCUUCAAGUUCACGGAGGGGAGCCAAAUUGCGCUCAUGGUAACGAGCUUAUAGCGGCUUGUGGAGAAGGAGACCUGGACAUGGUUGAGAGGCUCUUGGAGCAAGGAUGUGAUCUGGAUAAUCAUGAAACUUGUCGUGCGCUUGAAGCAGCGAUUCGGCAUAAGCAUUGGCAAAUCGCGACAGCACUCGUAGAAGCUGGUGUUGGGCUCAAUUACUAUGGAGAAUACGACUCGAAGCCUAUCAUAGAGGCUGUGGAUUGUGCCAACCUUCCACUGGUCGAGCUGAUGAUUUGCCAUGGUGCCGAUGUCAACAUUCAGGAUGAAUAUGGUACAACGCCACUUGUCCAAUGCCUCCUGUAUGCAGACCCUUUAACGAAGGGGACCAUGGUCCGGGCGCUGUUGGGAGGAGGCGCGCGCGUGGAUGCGGUCGACGAUGAUGGAUGUACUCCUUUAGGCCUGGCUUCAUCUGAAGGUGAUCUGGACGCGGUCAUUGCAUUGGUAGAAGGAGGCGCGAAUCUGGAUGUGCCCUCCAGGCCGCGUGAUUCGUUUGACGGACGCUACAUGUACUGGCCACCUCUCGCCUCGGAAGUGAUGGAACAAUACCGGACACCUCUCGCCUGGGCCGCGCGGAAUGGCCACGAGAGUGUUGUGAGGUACCUGUUCGAUUCCGGUGCCGAUUGGCGAAGCUUGCGAAAGGAACCGGCCGUGUGGUACACACAUCGUCUUCUCAUGGAAUCCGCGUUUCCAGAAGCAGGUCGCAAGGUCUGCAGAGCCAAGGACGGUUCUCCCAGGACCACGUCUCGGGCCCGCAAGGACGCUGACCGUAAGAAUACAAGCAAUAUCCCACAAUGGGCAGUCAAACUGACGUUUAUGAGCAGACGAGCCAACACUGCAGACAGCUUUCGUUGAUGCUGAGCCUGAACCGCAGUCACGAAUUCAACCCACCCACAAUUCGAGCCUUGAUGUAGCAAGACCGAAGGGAAAGCUCGGCAGAGCGUUCGCCAAACUCUGUGGAUGGUUGCAAACGGGGUACGCCCAUCUACAGCUCGCUCGUCUGGAAGUGGCAACUUUGACAUGCGUGCUGUUCUUGUUGACGCUUCGACAAGCAUUCAGACACAUCACCAAUCACGGAGUGCAGAGUUUGAGGCUUGCUGUUGUAGCGAUGUUGGUGGGGUGGUUUCUUGCGGGCUGGAUGAAUGACAAGUCUGUACACUCGACGGGGUAG